AUAGCCACUGUAUUUUGUUUUUUAGGAGGUUAGGAAGUUCUUUGUAUGUGUUAGAUGUUUCGAACCUUCCAGUGCUUCAUUGCCUGAAUUAUUAAUUUUAAUUAUCCAUAAUAUGCCAGUGAUGAUCCUUAUGGAUUAUUUAAUAUAGUGUACCGCUUUUGCAUAAGUACAAUCUAUUGUAUUAAGUUAGCCAAUGCAUUGUGUUAUUUAAGUUCGAAAAAUAGGUUUUUUUUUUUUUAAUCAUUACUGCCUAUCAUGACAGUAAUGGCGGGAAGUUAUUAUUUUGUAAUAGUGGGACAUUCAGAUAACCCAGUAUUUGAGAUUGAGUUUACACCAAGCAGUAAGGAGCCCAAGAAGGAGGACCACAGCCACCUGAACCAGUUCAUCGCGCACGCAGCCCUGGACCUCGUGGACGAGCACAUGUGGAAGAGCAACGGCAUGUACCUCAAGUCGGUGGACAAGUUCAACCAGUGGUACGUGUCGGCCUUCGUGACGGCCGGCCACGCGCGCUUCGUCAUGGUGCACGACUCCAAGAACGAGGACGGCAUCAAGAGCUUCUUCAUGGAGAUGUACGAGUGCUACAUCAAGUAUGCAAUGAAUCCGUUUUACAAGAUCAACACACCAAUCAAGUCUACGGCAUUUGAACGUAAAGCACAGUUCUACGGGAAGAAGUAUUUGGUGUGUUAAGUUUUCAUAACGGGGGAUGCUACAAGGGGUGGCUCGAGAAUGUACAAUUUCAUAUGAAGAAUAUCUCCAGAUAGAGCAUGAACAUUAAUUAAGAAAAGUAGCCAUUUUUUUUCCUUUUUCACACCAUUGUGUAAUUUUUAAUUUUCUUAAUGUAAGUUUCUCCCAAACCAGUUUUAUAAUCAACGCACUUCGGCCUACACUGUAUCUGUGUGGUAAUGGUGUACUCAGACAAUUGUACUUUGUGUAUUUAUUACUUAAUUUAUUUUUAUAAAAUAAAUAUUUAAAGUUUGUUGAAUUUUUAAAAUAUUUUGUUAGCUUACAAUAUUUGUAUAGAAGGGUAAAAAUUGUUAUGAUAAAAUAUUUAUAAAAGCUUAGCAAAUUAAUUUAAAUAAUUUGUAAUUGUAUUUGAAGCAUAUAUUUUAUUUUGAAGUUACUAAUCAUUUCAUGACAUUGUAAAUAAUAAUGGAAAAAACGUUAGCUAGUAAAAUAUUGCAAAA